GUGCGAGAAACUACAAUUCCAUUCCCACCGACCUCAGACAGAGAGAGCAAUGGCUUCCGCUCGCCUCCUGCUCCUCUCCGCCGCCCUCCUGUUCCAUUACUUCGCCGCCUGUGCGCCGCUUCCUUCUCGAGAUUCGUGCUUGGAUGUUUCGCCUGCGGAGAGGCAGCGGUGCGACGUGUCGAGCAUUAGGGUGCGGCAGACGAACAGAGGGCGGAGGAGGGGAGGUGCGACGAUGGACCCGGUGUUCGAGGUGGAGGUGGAGAACGGGUGCUGCUGCGCCGUCUCGCGGGUGGUGCUCGUAAGCGAGGGCUUCGCCAGCUCGGUCCCCGUCGAUCCCAGGUUGUUCCGGCGGGAGGAGGGCGGCGGCGGGUACCUCGUCGCCGACGGAAGGGAGAUCCCUAGCUCGGGCUCUCUCACCUUCCGCUACGCAUGGGACCGAGCCUUCUUCAUGUAUCCGGCGAGCUUGGAAUCCAACUGCUCAGCGCUGGCGAAGCAAAGAGAAGCGAUAUCCGUCGAUGAGAAUUAGUUAUUUGAUUAAAGAUCUUCGUGAAAUCUGUAGAGAUCAGGAGAAGCUGCAGCUUGUAAAAUCAUCUGAAAAGAUUAGAUAUGCUUGUAAAAUAUAUGAUGUGUAUCGUAAUCAUGUUUGUGUAUCGAAAGAAUUCAAGAUGCAUGAAAAAGAAGAAGAAGAAGAAAAAAGAUUGUAAAUUAGUUUAUAUUCUGUUUAUAGGGAAGAAGAUGACUGUUUCUGUAUAGGAAGAAGAUUCAAAUUGCGCGAAUUAAAAGUAUUGAUUCA